CGUGCUACCUCCCGAUGAUCGCUCUUUAGAACGAUAAGUUUCGCUGUUUGGAGCUUACCUUCACACAUUGCUCACAAGCUGAACUAAUUUAAUUCGUUCAGUUAAUAAUUCUCACACAUUAUUUGAACGUUUUAGUAGAUCAUGACACAAAAUAUGCAUUGCUCACAAAUUCUUUAUAGUCAACUGUUUAACUCUAAAAGAUUUUUUUUUUCUUUUCGUAAGCGAGGUUGGUGUAAACAUCCGGUGUAAAAUAUUCUGAAGUGAUGAGACGGCCUCGUUGAGCUUGUCACCUUGAUUUAUUAUGUUUUUACAAUUUCUUUAGAAAUUAUUUGUUUUAAAAAGUUGCUAGCCAUGUGUCUACUCAUUGGCUCAUCGGGUGUUGGAAAAACUCUUCUUUUGAAGAGGUUACAAAAUUACCCUCUGAAGGUGACAACAGAGAUAGAGAUAUCACCCAUGACAAUACCAACAGUGGGAACAAACCUGACCUCAGUAACACUGGGGCGACGAGAUGAGAUCACUCUGAGGGAACUUGGAGGAUCCAUGGUCCCCAUCUGGCACAAUUACUUCAAGGAAGCUGGCUCCAUUAUCUACAUGGUGGACCUGACAAACCGGUUCCAGAUUGCUGCCUCCUGUAUACAAUUGCUGACGGUGCUGUCCCAUGCAGAUACCCAGGGGCUGCCCGUCCUUCUCAUCCUCAAUAAGACCGAUCUGCCGACUGUGAUGAGCCAUGGGGAGCUGGAGUCUCUGUUUCGGCUGCAGGACAUCCUCGCUCACUGCCAGAAGAUGUCCGUCCUUGAGAUGAGCGCCAAGACUGGACAUGGACUAGACAUGAUUGCCAAGUGGAUCCUGCAGCACCACAAGCCGGUGCCUCCCACCAGCCAGGCCCCUGGAGAGUAGGACCCAUGGUUGCAGGGGUAGUGAGUGAGUGAGUGAGUAUGGUUUUAUGCCGCUUUUAGCAAUAUUCCAGCAAUAUCACGGCGGGGGACACCAGAAAUGGGCUACACACAUUGUACCCAUGUCGGGAAUCGAACCCAGGUCUUCGGCGUGACGAGCGAACGCUUUAACCACUAGGCUACCCGACCGCCCCUGCAGGGGUAGUGAGACAUGAUGGGAGAACUUUCCAUGGAAGCUGAGCUGGAAUCUGGACUUGUAGUGACAGAUGAUUAGGUGGGGUGGAAAUUUAAUGAUCAGACAUUUGCUCUGUUUGAUCUCAUCUUCUAAACAAUCAUAUUUUGUAAACAUUAAUGUUAUCUUUGACUAUUUUGUUGAUUGCAGUCUGUGACUUUAGACACAUUUCAAAAGUCCAAGUCUAGUAAAAGUCUCAGCUAAUAAUAGUCCAUAUGAUAACACCAAAAUGUACUAAAAAUUAUGCUAAAACGCCAUUUUCAGGCUACUAGACUCAAAGGUUUGGGGCAGAAAUCCUUUAUUAGUAGCCUAUUUUAAACGUUGCCAAUUGAGAUAAGAAUAGGCCUUGCCUUACCUGACGCUACACAGUGCUUUAGCCUCCCUUUCCUUUACAAACAGACAGUACUAGUACAGAGAGACAGUUGAAACAGAUUAUAGCCAGUGCCCCGUUACCCACGAGUUAUCCGCCUUUGGCAGUACUCCCUCAUAUUCUUCUCUGUCUGACUUAUGACAGACGUGUUUGGAAUAGUCAUCUUACUUUAGACUGCUGGAGCAGGCCUUUCGCCUGUUUCUUCUGAUCAACAGAAUUCCUCUUCAGAUCUUCAGACUCCCUGUCCCUGUGUGCAAAAGCUUUUCCUCCCUUGGUUCUUCUUCUGUAGAUCAUUCACAGCCAAGACCAGUCCUUUUGAAUCUGCUUUGGUCGGGCCUUACUGGCAAGCCAGAGUUUGGUUUCCAAGUGUCCUUCAGCUUGACGGAGAACCUAUGUUGCACCUUCUGGCAUGGCUGAAUCUGCUGCUCAACCCUGACAGCCUAAUCCGGACCCUGAUGUCUACAAUCUGCAUGUCUGGCAUGUCUCCAAAGUCACUGAGGGCUAAGGGGUUCACGGCCUGAGCUGAGGAGCUGCCUCCAAGGCUCACUGUUCCUCGGCUCGUUCCCUCUAUGGUCACAAGUGGAGCUCUGUUCUUGCUUCUGUACGUCCAGACACAUAGCUAUGGUGGGGGACUCCUACCCCCAGGUGGCUGACUUCUUGUUAUUUCUACACCAGUUCCAUCACCUUGCUUGCUCCACAAUUACAAUGUACCUAGAGGCUCUCAACUCUGUAUUGAAGAUCGCUUGUGGUUCCCAUCUGGCCUUAAUUGGCAAGGCAGCCAGGGUUAGUGAGCUUCAUGCCCUGGAUGUCACCCGGGUCAGAAUCAAUCAGUGCAUGGCCUGGUCACCUUGAUAUUUCUUGGCACUUCAUCGCUAAGAAUCAACUUCCGGGUCAACAUUUAAGAGAUCGUUGGUCCAGAUGAUGACGUGUAACUCACCCUCUGUCCUGUUCCAGCCCUCUGUCAAUAUCUUCAGGUGUCCCAGCAGCGUCAAUGACAGCGCCAGGGGCUGUACCUUCCUGUUUCCAGUCCUGACUUGCCACCUCCGUCAGCCAACAAGAUCCAUGCACUGUCCUCCACAAUGGCCCUCCAUGACCAACGUUUCUGUUCAAACUAUCAUGAAGGUGUGUUCGUCAGUAUUUGCCAGCCAUUAUCUAUGCAGCAUCUCUGUUGAGGACGUCGAGGGGACUCACAGCUUCGGACUGUUUGUCCUGGCCCAGCAGCUGACCCACCCCAACGCCAUUGUCCGUGCCCUAAUAGAGGAACAAGGCCACUUUCAGCACCACUGGCCCUGAGGAGGUAGGACCACAUCUUGUUUCAGCUCCGCUAUAAACAUUCUGGGUUGCUGGGUACUGCUCCAUCGGUACCUGGUAAAGUCUGCCUUACCGUUCUGGCACCACUGUCUAUGCUGCUCCUGCUGUCUUACAGUGAAGAAUAUGAGGGAGUACGAACCAAGGCGGAUAACUCAUGGGUAUCGGGGCACAGACUAUAGCCUGUUUCAACUGUCUCUCUGUUCCAGUACUGUUUGUUUGUAAAAGGUAGGGAAGCUAAAACACUGUGUAGCAUCUGGUUAGUAUGAAAACAUUGCAUUUAUUCAGAAAAGCUCAUUUUUAUCUUUUGAUGAAUGAUGUCUGUACUCCUGUUUUUCUUUUAAGACAUUGUGUUUGUCACCAAGGUCACACGAUGAAGGGGGGACGGUCGGGAAGCCUCGUGGUUAAAGCGUUCGCUCGUCACGCCGAGGGCCCAGGUUCGAUUCCCGACAUGGGUACAAUGUGCGAAGCCCAUUUCUGGUGUCCCCUGCCGUGAUAUUGCUGGAAUAUUGCUAACAGCGGCAUAAAACCAUACUCACUCACUCGCUCACUAGAUGAAGGUCUUUUAUUUUUGGCUGACUGUGGGGGGUUUCGCACAAUGAAGAAGCUUAAAAAGGAUAAGAAAGAAGUGACCAUUUACCGGGUACCCAAGUGUGUGUUUUGAGUAAAAACUGUGCAACAAUUACAGGGAGCAAUGAGGGAUAGAACAUGUUGGAUGCUUGGGGCCAAGAACAAGCAACACAUAGGGCCAGAUGACAUUCAUGAGACAAGACUGACGUUGUGGAUGUUCAGGCCACAAUGAAUUAUUUUUUAAGACUUUCAUUGAAAUGUUUACAAAAUGUGAAGUGGUGUGCAUUUUUAACUUUUUUAAACAGGUCAAUUGUUCAAGGCAUCUGUGUACUUUAACUGUAGACCGAUGAGGUUUACUUGAAGCGUGAAUGUUUGUUAGGACUUUUGUGUAUGCUACAGUUCAGCAGAGAAGGAAGGGAGCACAUAGUGCAUUUGUUCAUAUGUAGGUAUAUGGGGUGAUAAAAUGAUGGGAGAUGGGGGGUUUGUUAUUGGAGUGGGGUGCGAAUCUGUUUAUCACUCUUUUGUGACCUGAUGAAGUUUGACAGGGGUCUGUGGUGAUGGAACAGGGAGGUUUCGGGCAGCUGGAAAUGGCCAUCAUGAUGCAGAGUUCCACAAGGUGACUUUGAGAUAGAAAGGCUGAGGUUGUACGGUACACAAAGUCACGACAGAAUGUCUUUUGAUGAUUUGUAAAUUAAGGCUGAAAAAAAAUAAAUGGUUUUGGGGCAUUGACAUGCCAGUGUGCAUCAGUCAUGUUUAUUGCCAAUAAAAAAAGUAAAAUAAUUCAAAGUUCCAACAUCAUGUAUCUGCCAUGCUUGACAGCUGACAUUGUACUAAAGUGUUUUUAAAAGAAGGUUUUCCUCCCUCAUCAAUUUUGUUUUUAAGAAAAAGUCCUACUUCCCGUCUUCCUCACUUUUGAGAAAAAUCUGACCAAAACAUAUUUAAAAAAAUAUGCAGCCUAAUAUUAAUACAUGUACAUAUCAUAAUACUCUUUUACUAGGUUAAAUUUGAUAUCACAAAGAGUAAGGUGUGAGUUGUGUCCCUUAGUUUACCGGGAUACACUGGUAAAGAUUUCCCCUGAUAGUAAUGAUCAUGAUAUGUCAGUAGUAGGGCUGGGAUGAGUCCAAAUUUACUACCAGGGUACCCAACCCGCUAUUACCUGACCCAUCCCGGUUACCCGCUGUAGGUCUUAGGGAUAGGUCCAUAUGUCCAAUUGGGAACAGUAUGACCGUAGCCCUGGCAAAAUGUAUUUAGAUACUCGUAUAAAACGAUCUGGUCAUGCAUACACUGAAUUUGCCUGAAGUUUUAUCUUUAUUCAAAUAUAUAAAGUCAGAAGGAAUAAGUGUAUAGUCAGAAAGAAAUGCCAACAUUAGUCACUUAUAGUGUAAACAUAGAGUUCGAGAUAAUUUUUGCCAUUAAACAAUAUAUGACGUGACUAACCACUUGUCCGGGUUGUCCUCUGGUUACCCGGGUCCUACUCAGUACCCACCCGACCCGAGUACCCGAGUUAUCCGUCCCAGCCCUAGUGAGUAGCACACCUUCCUUGAUGAUUAAUGUGGACAACAGGCAUUGCUUUUGCUUGACUGACGUAUUCUGGUGGUGAUACCGGUAUAUGUGAAACACUGUUGGAAACUAUUUUCUUGCAUCCUUGAUACAUCUGGUGUGGCAGUGCCAAUGACUAUUCUGUUGUCCAUAUGUAAAGAGUCUAACGUCCUGAAAACGAUGAUCAAUACCCCGAUGUUGGCAUACACGACGUUUUGGCACAAUCCUCGAUUAUCCAGAGUAUCAUAUCCUCAUUCAGUUAGGAUAUAUACCCCGACCCAUUCACCACCAGUCUUGAAUCUCACUUAUCACUAUCCUAGCACAGAAUAUCACCCUCUCAUGAGCUUCAAGUAAAUAACCAAUCAAAAUAAAAUUGCUGAAUGUGAGCACUGAUCUACAUUCAAAAUCACAGCCGCAUGUGUUGAAUGGAGCUGGAAGACUUCUGUUUGAGUUGAGGUGAAAUGGGUUUAACGUCAAGUGCAAGAUUAUUGCACCUACACAGCGACGUGCAAGCAUGUCUGUGUGUGUGUGUGUGUGUGUGUGGCUGCUUGUACUGGUCUUGACUAAUGACGAUUUUAUAGUGGUAGCCCACUGAGAUACCUUGCUGCAGUUUUAACAGGAAUACCCCACUCAGGAACAGUAUACUGACUCCGAGCCAACCAAUCCUGUUUUAUAAUCUGAAUUCCAAGCACCAGGUAGGGUAACAAUAAGUACCAUUUCUAAAGUCUUUUGGUAUGAUGCGGCUGGGGAUUGAACUCCCGACCUUCCGCUCUCCAGGCAGACGCUCACUUAUAUUUGAACUUUUAAUUGGAAAUAAUGUUUUCCUGAGUGUUAAGCCAGGGGGAGGUAAAUACUAUGCUGCAAGAUGUUUCUCGGCAUAUCUGGGGCGGCACGCAACAAGACGAUACAAGUAUUGGUGAUAAUGCUGCUUGUUUCAGUCAUGGAAGUUGAUUGGGCAGCUAAUAAUGGUAUCAUGUCAUUCGACCUCAGACCCAGACAGAAUGGCAAAUUGGUCAGAAUUGAGGUGAGGUGAAAUUGGGUUUAACAUCGUGUCCAAGAUUAUUGCACUUAUAUAGCGAUGUGCAUGCACGUGUGUGUGUGUUUGUUGCUGCUUGUACUAGUCCGGACUGAUGCCGAUUUAUAGUGCUAGCUCACUGAGAUACCAUGCCGCAGUUUAACAUGAAUACCCCACUCAGACACAGUAUACUGACUCCGAGCCGACCAGUCCUUGUUUUAGCCCCUUAAUGCCGAGCGCCAGACAAGGUAACAACAAGUACCAUCUUUUAACGUCUUUUGGUAUGACGCGGCCGGGGAUCGAACCCCGGACCUUCCGCUCUCCGGGCGGACGCUCUACCACAAGACCACGGAGGCGGCGGGUCAGAAUUGAGAUAUAAUGCACUAGAUAUUGGAAGAUGACUCUCGUGUGAUAAAAGGGGUGUUGUAGCUAUUGUUUAAAGCCAUUGUAUGUAUUCUAGGUACUGGUGGUUGAUGUUUCUACAUGCAAUGAAUAAGCUGUGUACAAUCAUUUUACAAGCAUUACUUUUUCAUUGACACAGUGAAUGCUGAAUGAUGUUGCUAUGGUGACUGAAUGUUUGUCAUGUGUGCAGCAUGUAGGGGGCAUGGGUGACCCAGUCGUCUAAGAAACCUAUGGUUCAAAUCCCGGUUCACCCUGAUUAUGUUUCUAGGUUUGUCAGCACCAUACCCAUACAGGUGGGUUUCACCAAAGUGGUAAAUGUCUGAGACCUGCAUCACUUUGGGCUUUCCUCCUUCUUCAAGGAUAAGUUUAUAUUACAUUGUCCUUUAUGUUGUUAGUCCUUCAACAUAGAGAUAGCUACAGAAUAUUUGCAAGUUUCGAAACAUUGUUCAAACCUUGUGAUAUGCUUCAUGUUACAGUAUAAAGAUUCAGUUAUUAGUCUAUUUUAUUCCAAGCAUUCAUGUUGGAUAUUUUAGAAUUGUUAUUGAUGUUAUUUAUUUCAUUCGUUAUACUGUGUUGUACAAUACAAAUAUUAUUUUAUGUAGAUUUUUAGCUCUUGCAGCAAACUUUAAUGUACCGGUAGCAAAAGUUAUUUUGUUUUGCAGUUUUUUUGCAACAAAUAAACAUGUGAUUAAUGUG